CAUGAACAUUUCCAGCGGAAGGGCCGUGGUCCCCGCUAAAGAAACGCUCAAGCGUCGUCUCGCGAAACGUCACCACCGCGCAGUGAAAACCGUGAAUUCCUUUAGUGCAGUCGAGCGCUGAGCGCGAUGAAACAUGCGACAGCUGAACGUUGGCGGCUGAUUCCGGGCACGGUGGAUGCCUAGUGGAACACAACGGCAGAGUGUGUCGCGAACACGUGACGAAAAUGACGGUAGCCGUGUUGAAACGCCGGCUCCUGUCCGGAUGACGUGACUGGGCCGGGGGGGCUUGCCUACGGACUGUGCUUGCCGUUGAUGGCCGUGAACCCGCUCUAAGAUGAGUGUCACAUGCGGCUGGUACGCGCUGCUCGUACUGCUCACGUGCACGCUUUGGCCCGGGCUGGCCGUCCACGCCGAUCAGGAGGCACAGAUCGAGAGGCCGAGGGAGCUGCUGCGUCACCAGCAGAAUCAUCGACCAUCGUUCAUCGAACGGAAGCUGGUCGACCGGCUGGAGAUGCACGAGAGCGUGACGACGGAGCCUGCGAUCGGGUUUGAGGAUCGGGAGGACGAGGAGAACGACGGUCGAACGAUCCCGUCCAAGCCGAAAUUGGAAACCAGCAUCGAGAGGCCGGCCACUCAGAUCAGACACGGCAGGUCUAGAAGCCAUUUCGUGAGACAGGUGAAACUGGACGAUCCGGACUCGUCGUUCGUGUCUGAUGGAUCCGGCAGAAGGACCCAGGCGAUGGACAACGUGUCGCGGAUCGAGAACGUCUCGAAUCUCGACAGAUCCAGAGGCAAGAACGUGAUCACCGGCCAAGAUCUGAGAUCCUCGGGCACGAUCGACGAACGAUCGACCGUGGAUCUGGACAAACUGCUCAUAAGGCUGUCGGAGGCCGGGUCCGACAAGAGGAAAGAAGGGAGAGUGAGGCACAAGAACGAUUCGUUGAACAAACUGAGAAAAGUGAUCGACAGGAACAGGUCUCGGCUGUCUGGCAAUCGAACCGCCGGCAAUUCGUCCGAGAUAUACGGCCACGUUGUUCACGGUGCGCCGUCUGGUGACAGAAGCGACCUGGACGAAGCGGAGAUGACCAUGGAGGAUUAUGACGUGUAUGACAGCGACGGGGGCAAUAACAGCUCGGAGAGCGAGGAUUACGAGGAUUACGGGAAGGGCGGCGAUCAAGGGAAGUCUAGCAAGGAGCCAGUCCACGUGGACAUCGUCACGAGGUUCCUUCGUAUCAUCGAGAACCAACACCUGCUCGGCGAGAAUUGCACCGCCGGGACCGAUCUGAACCUUGGCGAGGGGAUCGUCGACCAAUACGCUCAGGAGAGGUUCAGGCUCGAGGCGAAUUUAGCUGUGAACAGGGCCAACAUGCUGACCAGGCUGUGGAAGUACGCGCCAGAAGUGAUGCUCUCCUCGGAGUACCUGUUACACGCGAGUAUCCUGUCGAUGGUCGAAUUCGACGAGGAUAUAUUCGCCGCUGGGAAUUGCUACGACAAACUACAGUACAGGGACCGCUGGCUUUACUGUCCCUUCGCUCAUCGACUGCAGGAUCAAGACGGGAUCUUGGUGAAAGAUCUGGCGAUGGAGUACAAGUACCUGAGCAAUAGCAGCGAGUGGUUUUACAUCGCCAGGAAGAACGCCGAGCGAGUGAUCGCGAAUAACGAUCAGUUCAGUCGCG